AUGCCAAGGACUCGUGCUAAUAAUGAGAGCUCCAAUAACAAGAAUACCGAAGCCCUUGGAGAAUUGUUCAGAACAUUGGAGGCCAUGACUCAAAUGAAGAAAGAUAGUAUGUCGACAUCGGUUACCCUUUCCCCGGAGCAAACUGACCGUGGACUAAUAGAAAGGUUCAGGAGGCUAGCGCCACUGACAUUCCCGGGGCAUGGGGGAGUUGAAAAAGUAGAACGAUGGAUAAGGCAGGUGGAGAAGAUAUUUGAAGUGUUGCCUUGCAGUGACGAGCAGAAGGCUAAGUUAGGGGCCUUCAUGUUAGAAGGAGACACUGAGCACUGGUGGGGCUCAGUAAAGAAAUCUUGGGAAAGGCCGAAACUUGAGCAUUGGACUGUGGAUCCAGGUUCCAGAAAGGAGGUCACGUGCCCUGAAGAUGAGGGCAAAAUGGGAACGAAAAAGUAUAAAUUGGACCCCGACCAAGCGGCCCCACAAAGACAAAAACAAUCCAAGGCAUCAGCAUGUGACGGCGUUGUUAACGGGAAGUCAUUGGCUGACGUGGGACGAGAGUUCGACCAGUGUUGUAAGGCCGCCAAAGAGAACCUAAGAAUAGAGGAGAUGCGUAUGAUACUAGAAAGCAACGACCAGGAUUGUUCGGGUUCCCAUGCGGUUGUUCCAAGAUGCCAUGAUCUGAUAUUUUAUGGGCCUGUACAAAGGUGCCCAGUGUGCGGCAACUUCAUGGAGUGUACAGGGAUCAAUUACAAAUGCAUGGGCACCUACUCGGUGUGGACAACGUGCAAUUUCAAUACAACGGAGGAACGUAGAAGGGACUACCCUCUUAAAUUCCCUGAUGAAUUAAAGAACAACAAGAUUGCAGAAUGGUCCAGGAAGCAAGACCUUGGCAGAAGACCACAUCGAGAGUUGAUGUCAUUGGUUAGGCCGUUAGUAGGGAUGAUGUUCUCUUUGUCCGGUCGGCUUUCUUGCACUCAUGAAUAUUGGCGACAAAAAAUUGAGGAUCAUGGGGGAAAGGUAGCCAACUCUGUUUUGGGUAUUACCUGCCUAAUUGUGUCCCCAGCUGAACGUGAGCGUGGGGGAGCAUCCAAAGUGGCUGACGCCAUUUUUAUGUGGCAGGAGAAGAACAUCCCAGUGGUGAGCGAGGGGUGGCUGAAGGACAGCAUUGGGAAACAGUCUGCCCAACUUCUGGAUGCAUACGAUGUUUUGUCUGACCUUUCACCUGAUGGGUGUAGUAUAGCUUUGGACAAACAAGAUAUAAGUGACGAGGCCCUUGAGACCAUUUCAGCUGAGGUCAAGCUCUAGGUAAGAGGUGUGUCUAUAAGGACGCUUAAGUUGCGAGAACAAGGUGGAGUGAUCUUAGAGAGAGAUGGAAUCUUGUACAAAUGUGCAUUUGCUGAAUGUGAUGAAGCAAGAGAAAUAAAUGAUUAAUGCAUAAUGCAACUGAAGGUGCCAGAAGACAGCAUAUAUCUUUAUUUCAAGAGGUGCAGAAUUGAGGAUGAUAGUAUAACUGAGAAAACAGAAGAAAAGAAGAAUGUGGAAGAAGAAAUAUAGGAGUUUGUACAGCUCUUUGAGAAGAUCACAGGUAAUGAGUUUGAGCCAUGGGAAAGAGAGAAGUUCCAGAAGAAGCCCAAGAAAGUCUAUCCCAUUGAUAUGGAUGAUGGAGUAGAUGUGAGGUAUGGGGGAUUGGAUCCUAGGCAGCUUGGAGUUGCAGUCACCCACUGCCAACUCGACCCUCUUGUUGCUAAUCUUAUGAAGGUUUUGUGUAGUCGAAAGAUUUACCAGUAUUGUAUGAUGGAGAUGGGACAUGAUUCACCAGAUCUGCCACUUGGGAUGCUCGCUGAAGUCCAUAUACAAAGAUGUCAGGAGGUUCUCAUGGAAUUUAGGGAACUGCUGAGGAAUGAGAAGGGAACUAGAGCCAAGAAAGAUGCAUCAUGGUCAGAUUUUAGCAAUACGUGGUUCACAAUGUUGCCUUCAACUAGGCCUUUUACUAAAUUAGUUUCAUCAAAAAGUACCCUUUCUUUCUUUCUUGCUUUAAUCUCGUCAAAAAUCACAGCCAAAGGCACAUUGUAA